CUUCAUUCAUUUGCCAUUCCGUUGGGAUUUCAGAACUCCUCCAGGAUUCUCUGUAUAAGGACACCGGUGGAAUUUGCUUACACUCUUCUUCCCUGGGGUUUUAAAAACGCUGGAAACAGGUGUAUUUGAACAACUCAAGAUGUCCAUUCUCCCUUCAAGGUUCAUUUACGUGUGUUUACAUUUCCUCGCCCUUUAUUUCCAGAUACAGGAGUCUCAGCAGAGUUCAGCUGAUUUCCGCUUCUACAUCGUGAACCACACACGAAACCCGGACGAGCUGAGCCGGAAACAGAUUCGCAUCUACCAGCUGUACAGCCGUACCACUGGCAAGCAUGUGCAAAUCCUGGGCAAGAAGGUCAAUGCCAACGGGGACGAUGGGGGCAAGUAUGCUCUCCUGGUGGUGGAGACAGAAACGUUUGGCAGCCAUAUUCGAAUAAGGGGAAAGGAGAGUGGCCACUAUAUCUGCAUGAAUAAGAAUGGCAAAGUCAUCGGGAAGCUCAAUGGCGGGAGCGAGGAGUGCGUCUUCGUGGAGGAGUUCUUGGAAAACAACUACACGGCUCUGGUAUCAGCCAAAUACAAAGGGUGGUACCUGGGCUUCAACAGGAAGGGGAGGCCCAAGAAAGGGUCACGGACCACGCAGACGCAACAGGAAGUACACUUCAUGAAGCGCCACCCAAAGGGCAAAGUGGACCCACUGGAAGAGUUCCGUUUCACCACGGUAACCAAAAGGACACGCAGGGCGAGGCGCUUAAAGCCCAACCCCCAUCUCAACUGACUGCUGGGUUUCCAUAAAAAACCUCAUCUCAAACGUUGAAGACUAUUGUUUAAACCGAACAGGAAAAGUUAUAUUUUUAUACUUGAGGAGAAUGAAACAUCCCCCUUACUGGAGGGUUCUGGGAUAUUACUGUUGUUAUUAUUAUGUCUGCUAUUUAUACUGGAUAGAGAAAGGAAAAGGCCUAACCAGCAUGUUUAUGUUGCUACUUCAAGAAGUGAAUGAACAGAAUAUUUUCUUUCCUUUGAUUGGAAAAAGGGAGUUCCACUUGAAGGAACCCCCCAUUUAAUAGGAAUGCUUACAGGACAGAUCCCAUAAUAUGCACUGGGAUUGGAUGCCAUGGAUACCAGAAUGGGGUGAUACAAUAGCAUGUUAUGUCGACACUUUAGGUAACUGCUUAGCUUUUAAGUGCAAUAAUUAUUUUUUGUUUGUUUUUUUACCUUCUUUUUUUUUGGUCAGAUAACUUUCUGUGACACAUUCUUUUUUUUUUGCAUCCUAACUACAAUCUGGUGGGUGGAAUGUGCUCAAUCCACUGAGGACUGCAUUAUUAUUAUUUUUUUAUUGCAUUUUUGUGGAACCUGUGAUUCAGCUUGACACAGCAUGCUUGGACUGGCCUGACAGCAGUGCUGACUGUGUUUCAUGUAAACAGAGCACUGGAGUUUAAGUGUAUGAAAAGCCUCAUUUGUUUCUCCUAUUGCAGUAGCUGACUAUGAGAAGAACACAGGAUUUCCUGCCCUCUUGUUUUUGGGUGCCUAAAAAGCUUCAUCAUUUGUAGUGGAUAUGAGUGGAAUCUCCCUUAAAUGUAUUUAUGAAAGCUAAAUAAUUUAUUGAAACUGUUGUUUUCACCAAUCUGUUCAAACUUGGCAUUCUAUGAUUAAGUUAUGAUUUGUGAAGCAAAUCUUUUAUUUCUCCCUCUUCUAAAACUAUGCAGUAGGUUCAGAGAAAAGGGCUAAUCUGUCAUUGCCCAUCUUCAAAUCCAUAAGAGUCAUUUACCAUCAUCACAACAUUGUCACAGUAAUGCUGUUUGAAGGCUUUGGUUUGUACCCCCAGACAUAUGGAAAGAAAUAAAAUAAAUCCCGAAGAAAAAUUUAAAUGAACAAUUAAUGAUUUAUGGCAUCAUUAGUUCAAAUUUAAUAAAUUUGAAUGAAACACGUGCGUGUUCUGAAACGGUUCAUCUGUGAAGUCUCACAAUACACAGAUUGGUUAAACAUUUCCUGUUGGAACUGGCACAAAGCAGAAAAUGAGGGGGUAACUGUAUUUGUGGCACUCUUUCGACUUACAGACAGCCAUAUUUAUAUGGUUUAGCCACACUGCCAUUAGGUAGUACAUGCUUUUUAAAAAUGUUUACUGUACGAGAUGCUACUAACAG